AUGUUAGGUUAUACUCCUCAGUAUUUAGCUCCUUCCACUUAUGAUGGAGGUAAUAGUAGUAAAAAACGUAAAUAUCCCGACAAGCCAUGGCAUCACAAAUUGAAGCCAAAUACAAGAGUUGAAUUGGUAAAUUAUAUUGUAGAAGUUACACAGGGAAAUGCCCAAGUGAUUCGGAAGAAGAUUUUCGAUUUGAUCAUUCAAUCACAAGCUGUUGAUGAUUUUGCUAGAGAUUUGGCUGAAUAUGCAUGCAGUAGCAAAAGUAACCUUUCUAUGGAUACGAUUAGAGACAGAGUGGAGGUCAUGUUGGAACGUGAUGUUAAUGCACUACCAACUCCAAAUCUAGCACACCGCUUGAAUCAAACUGUUAGGCCUUUAUUCAAUGAUAGUAAUGAUAUUGGGAUGAGUGUGAGAGCUAACCAAUUCAAUAAUGAAUUGUUUGAAAAGUUGGUGGAAAGGAAUAAGUUGUUCACUCAUUCUUCUGUCAAUAAUACUGAUGUAGAUAUUCCAGAAUUAAUGGAACAAUACAAGUAUUGUAACAAGCUGGCCAAGUUGUGGAUCAUGCAAGAUUUGACUCGAAGGAGAGAGGAACUCUCAAAAUCUAAACUGAAUGCAAUGCCUAAUGAACUGCAUGAUGAUCAACUAUUGCACAAUUUACCAUUUGAUUUGAUGUUUGAAAUUGUUUCAUACAUUCCAGUAGACAACAAGUCAAUUUGGUGGGCUCAAUUUCUCAAGUAUAGAAUUAUUUCUAAUUCCUUCAAGUUAAGAUUGGAACAAGAAAUUUUCACAAAAUUUAGUAAGGAAGGCAUUGACAUUUCUCACUUUGAUGAUAGCUUGUUAACAUUGGAAGGUCUGACCUGUUUAUUAGCAAGCCAUUCUCAAUAUGAAAAACAAGGAAAACAGUUUAAUGGUGACUUUAUUCGAUUACAUAUUACUGAAAAACAAACAGAAUUACAAAAAUUAACUGCCCCAAAAUUCAAUGGAAACAUUAUUCCUCCAAAUGAAGAAAGUAAUUCAAAUAUUGUUGAGACUCAGAUAUUUGACGAAGAAUACGUUGCUGAGGUAUAUUCUCAAUCUGCUAACCAAGAAAUUACUCCUCAAAGUCCUUUCCAGAGAAAUUUUAUCGCCAACAAAGAAUCAUUUGACAAUACACCAUUACCAUUUAUCAAUGAACAAUUUAAUUCCUUUGAGUGUGAAGAAUUUGAAAAUCCUUACAUUAAGUCCAUCACCAUUUCCAGUUCAAGAGAUUUUCACUUCAUUAUUCCUGGACUGGUCAAUCUGGAAGAGCUGACCUUAAUCGUUUCGACAGAGGAUUUUAUGUAUUUGUUCUCCAAGAUGUUUCAAACCAUUUCACAUCUCAAGCUAAAGAAGAUUGUACUAGUUUAUUAUGGAGUUGUUCCAGCAUCAUUUACAAGACUUAUUCUGGAUAAAGUUGAAAUGCUUGAUUAUGGAGGAAGUUUCUAUGUUUAUUCAGCCAUGGAUACAACAUUUAUUAGCAAUUUACGCAUAUCUUUGCCAAAUGUAAAUAUAAUUUGUGAAGGUAGAGUGUUAAAUAGAAGUAAUGAUUUUAGAGACUUGAAGGUUAUACCUUGUAGAAUUCAAAACUUUACUAACACCAAAUUUAUAUUGGAUAAUGGAUGGUAUAGACCUGUAGUACAACGAACCCGGUCAUACGCACAAGGAGAUGAAAAGUUUGCAACUAUUUUUAAUAAUGAUUGGUUUACAGUUAAGGAAAAGAAGGAGUUAUUGAACUAUUUUGUUGAUAGAUAUUCCUUUAACUGGAAAGAAGAGCUCAAAACCAGCAUCCAUCAAUCUCUCUUCCAAUACUAUAUUUACUUGUUAAAUAUUAAUCAGAAACAAUUUGAAUACAAUUCACCCACAAAAUAUGUAAAUGAACCAAAGAACAAACCAAACCUUUUGGAUUGUAUUGUGUGGGGUCUUGAUGUUUCAAAUUGCCCAGAACAAAUCCUUAGAUUAUGUACUAACUUUGGUAAAAUUGGCUUGAAAUUAGUUAUUGACAAGUUAGAAAAAGACCCUGAUUAUCUCACAAUUGAACAUAUGCGAAUUUUUUUUAAACAAGCUGCCCAUAACAGUGAUUAUUUGCACUUGUUAGUUCAACUAAUUCCCCACAUUAACAAUAGUGAGCAUUUAUUUGAUGUUUAUCAAAAGAAUGGAGAUAAGGUUAAUAUUCUGUUAUCUGUCAUUCCUAACAAUCCCAUUCUAGUUGAGCAUAUUAUAGAUAAUUUUGUUACUAGUGCAAAUCUUCAGAGUGAAUUGCAACAUGAGAAAUCUCCCAAAUCCCUUCUUCAAACUACAAUUCAAUCUCAACUCCCCAACUCUACAAUUCUUAAAAUUGCCCAGAAAAACCCUAAAUUGCUCUAUCAAAAAUCAAAAAAUGGUCGCAUUCCACUCCACUAUUGCUUUACUCCUCACAGAUAUCAAUUAAUUAAGCCAUUCCUUGAAAUGGCUCCUGAAACAUUUGAAUAUGAAGACGAAAAUGGUUUCAAACCUUAUCAUUUCGUUCAAGAACAUGAAUUAUCCGGUUAUGGACGUAUUUACGACAUUCUUUGGAUGGCUUUUAAACCAAGAACAAAGGAUAAUUGUCCUGUUGAACAUUCUUUGGAUGUGUUGCAUGUUAAACAAGAAGGUUCCUUGUUAAUGGUUUCAUACUUUUCUGAAGCCAAACCUCUUGCUGCCGCUAUUCUUACCUCUACUUCUUUUGAAUCUUAUUCUGACCGACAUGAAUUCAAAUUCAAAGCUGAAGACUGCUGUAAUGACCAGAUUGGUGGGAUGUCCAAUCUUCUCGUUCAAUUCUGUAAAGAAUAUCUUCGUAGUUCUUAUCAAACAAACCUAACAUUUCAAGAACUGUGCAGAAAAUAUGUUCAUAAAAGGGAUGCAUUUGGUUUUUCUCUGUUGCACCACUUUAUCUUUAAUGGAUUUACUGCAGAGAUUAUCUAUUUAGAAAGUAUCAUGGGAUCAUCUAUUUUUCCGAUGUUUUUGGAAAUCGAACAAAAGAAACUGGUAAAUAGCUCGAAAGAAGUUCUCUAUUCAACAAGCAAGAACUACUUUUUGAAGGAAAAGUGCAGAGAAAUGCUAACAGAGUACUGCCAAGUUUUGAAAGGUAAGGCAGGUUUUGAAGAUUUUGUUGCUCUUGAAUUGGAAAGAUUAUCUGAAAUCAGACUGUUGGGGGUUGCUACCGGAAACACAGAGUUCAAAACCAGGUUGUUGUAUCUUUAUAACUUUUUAACCAUUUCAGGAAAGCUCAUUUCUACAAAGAAUCCAACCCUUGGCUUGGCCAGUAAUCAAAAGAUUAGGGAAAGAAUAUUCAAUGUUGACCAAAACAAGUAUAUUGGAACCAAAAAUGUUGAAGAGAUCACCAGGUUCGAGAUUAUCAUUGGAUGUUUCUUAUUAUUCAAUUAUGGUCACUUGGGAGAUGAGAGAGUUGUAGAAAGAAAUAUUCUUUACAACUUAUGGAGGUCUUGCAUUGAAUUAGAUGCAAAAAGAACUCCAAGGGAAGAAAUCAAAACCUCAAAAGAUGCCACAUGUAAUCCCACGGAAGAACCAAGAACAUCAAAACAUUCAAAACAACCCUCAGAUCAAAUGGAAUUUAGCCAUAGCAAACCACUUGUUGAAACUCCAAAAAAAAAGCAAAAGAAAACCUCAGAGUCACCCAACACAACCCCAAAACUCACACCUCCUCCCUUGUUAAUAUCUACUCCAAACAUUUCUUCUGUAUCAACCAAUAUAUUGGAGCCAACAACUCCUACCUUAAAAGACUACAUACACUUGAAACAGCAAAUGAAUCUUUCAGACAAGUGCAUUACGUUUUUAAAGCAUUUCCCUGAAAAGUGCAGAGAGAGAGCAGAAGAUUACAUACGAAGCUCUGAUUGGAAUCAUUUUCACAGAGCUUUAGCAAUUUGGAGGCUAGUUAAUAAGAUGACUGGUGCACUUAAAUUUGAGUUUGAUUUCAAGACAAUAGAAGGCACUCUACUUUUUAUUGGGGAAUAUUUCUUUGAGUGUCUUUCAAAAUCUACCAAUUCAUUACUUAAAUCAUUUUUCAUUGUGAGACAGCUAGCUUAUUUACUAAGUGAUAAUCCAGAAAAUAGUUUAUUUAUUUUGAAUGCAGAAAAAUUAUCAGACAUUUUCAAAGAUGAAAAUAUAAUAUCAAAACUUUAUACAAGAUCAGACCUUAGAGGAAGAACUUUACAGUUUGAAAAUGAGUAUUAUCUCAACACUUCCUUAAUGAACGAAAAAUAUGCAUCCAAAAUGCUUUUCCAUUUGAAAUCUAACAAGAAAGUAUGUGAAUUGAGUGAAGAAUUGUUUAACAAAAAGACAUCAGAAACACAUGAAACUAAAGAGAAGUAUUUUGCCACUGUUGUCUAUCCUGUGAUCAAUGGAGGAGAUUUUGCUUUAUAUAGACAAUUAAACUAUCAAUUUAGAGAGGAGUAUGAAUUCUUAGUUCAGAAAUGGGUUGGCGGACAAUACCCAGAUUUUUCAUUGGUCUUCUUUUUCUUGAAGAAAAGUUUCUCGUUGCAACACUUGUUCAAAAUUUUAGGGAACUCUUGUGCAAUGUGGAAAAACAAUCAUAGCUCUUGUUUUUCUAAAAUUUUAGAGUUGAGUCGUUCUUAUAAUAUUAUAACCAAUAAUUUGAAAAACAUUGGAAAUUUAAUUUUGAAGGAAUUUUUCGGUGGAUCAUAUGUAUUUGAAAUAGAUUGCAGCAAUAACUUGGAAAUAAUGUGGACCCUUGCUUAUGGUAAUGCAGAGUCAGUGGAAAAUUUGACUCAAUAUUCUCAAUUGUUUGGACAAAAAGAUGAAAUAUUUGAAUCUUUAUCUUUGUGUCAGUCAUAUUUCUAUGAUGUUGUUUCAACAGGUUACUCACCUGAAAAUGAUGAAUCUGUUUUCAUGUUUCUGUGGGGGAAUUUGCUUGUCAAACAAAAGAAAAGUCAUGAAGUGCAACAGUUCGAUGUUUGCUGGGUGAAAAUGGAUAAACUGAAAGUCUCUUUGUAUUUAGGUGAGGCAAAGAACAAUACAUCAGAGAAUGCUCAAAACGUUUUUGAUGGGAAGGUGGACGAAUUGAGAUUGCCAUGUCCUAGAUAUCAAAUGCAGGAGAAAAAUUUAACAGUAGGUGUAUGGGAGAAAUCUUACAGGGACUUGAAAAUUUACAAAAUCACCAAUUUUACGGUGGAAAAAGAAACAGGAGAAUCGGUUAACACUCUUUCUGUAUUCUUUGUAUCUGACAGCAAAAAGGAUACAUUAGAUUUUGUAACAAACACUUUCAAAUUAACAUUGGAAGAAAAAGAAUUGGAUGUCGAUUCACCAAUUCUUGAAAAGAAAGAUCUCUCUUUGUGUGACAUAAGUACUGUCAACUCUGUCAGAUUUAAGAAUGGGAAUGGAAAGUUUAUAAUUGCUAGCUCUCUUUUAAAAUCACCAAGGACCACCAAAGAAGAUGGUAUUCCAGAUAGAGUUGUUGUAAAAGAAGAUGGUCGGUUGUUGUUUGUUAUGGACCUUAACUACCAAAAAGAAAAAAAAUAACUUAACUUUAUUAGUUGGUAGAAAAUUUAAGCAAAGAGAGUAUAAUUUCCUGACUCUUGUAUUUAUUAAAUACAGUAUUACCUUGAAGUAUUGUUAAUACUUUAAUACGGAGAAAAUCUCCUUAAAAUGAGAUUUUCUCCUAAGGUCCAAAUAAGGGUAGGAUUCACACAACCUUAAACGAAAAGACAUCAUCUACUAAGUUUAUUAUUUAAACAAUGAAUGGUGGAAUAUGAGCAAUUAAUAUAGUUUGAAAUAAACACACCAAGAAUAAAACAAA